GCCCUCAUAAAAGGGAAUCACCGGAACAUUGGACAGGUGCAGUACGGAACGGUACGUCUUAGCAGGAGCCAAUUCGAGACAGUUAAACACUAUCAGCAUGAAAGUUGUGCUAUGCGCAUUGUUGCUUUUGGUGGGUUCAGUGCUAGCUGACGAUCGCUGCCCACCGCACGACGAUCCAGAGCUUCCGCCCGUGCUGAUGCCACAUCCCACCGAUUGUGAUAAGUUCCUGAUCUGCAGCCAUGGUGUACCGGUUGUUAGCAAGUGUCCGCCCGGGUUGCAUUGGAAUGACUCCCGGAAGCUGUGUGACUAUCCGUACGAGGCACAAUGUGUACCGUCGUUUUAAUGCUUAAUGUUUGUUAGUAAAAUUAUUGUAAAACAAA